CACGUCAUUCUCGGAAUACGAGGAUAUGAGAUACCAAGUCAAUAAAUUGUUUUUCUCUUUCCUUCUUAUGCAGCAGCACGGCCCGUCUCUUGUAUGUUAACAAUUUUGAUUUCUUUUCUCGCUUUCUCUAUUAUUCUUCUUUUUUUCUUCCGUUAUAUUACCCUUUCUCUCUCUCUUUCUCUCUGCCUCUCCCUUCCUCUCCCUCUCCCUCUCCCUCCUACUCGCUCUAUCUUCCUCUUCCUCUCUCUUACUCUCUCUCUCUCCCUCUUUCUCUCUCUCUCUCUCUCUCUCUCUCUCACCAUUUCUGUUUGUCUCUCAUAGCCCUCUACAUUCCACCAACGUUUUAAAACGUUUCAUCCUAUCUUUUGAAGAAUUUUUCUUAUAGAACUUAGUUGUUUAAAAUCUCAAACUUAUUCGAUUUCAUAUUAUAAUACUUGAGACUUUUCAAUGCGCAUAAACGUAAAGAUUAAUUUUCUUAUUGUUCUUUCGAUCAACGUACUGCGUAUGUAAAUGAAAUAGAGGUUAGAAUAAUACGUUUAAGGAAAAGCAGAUGUAUUUUUAAAGGGAACUACUUUUAUCCUGCUAUUUGUUCGCUAUUGUUUAGAGUUCGUAAUUAUAUAUAUCUACAUAUAUUUGAGAUCACAGAUAUAUAAUAUUGUAAAAGUACUACGUAGUUCAACUUUACAGCGAAAUAACAAAUGAAAAUCUACAAAAUGAUUUCUUUUUGGUAAAAUUAAAAAUAAAUGUUAACUAACAUUGAAUUAUGAUAUUCAUCGAUCGAUUAAAAUUAUUUUAAAAUGUAUUUUCAAAGAUGUAACAUACUCUUUCGUAAAAAAUAAUACUCUUUCGUAAUCGAAUAUGAAGACGUUAGUUUAUUGAGCAUUAUUAAAGAUGAGUAAAAAGAAUUGUAUAAACUAUGAAGAUCGACUAAAGUUUCUUAUUGCUAUUAUGACUGAAAAUUAUGAUGAUGCUAUUGAAGUUGGAUCUUCAGUUUUAAAACAGAACCCAAAUGAUCUAAGCAUUCUGAAAAUAUUAUCUGCCGUUAAAGAUAAAAUCGCAAUAAACAGUCUGGCGGAAUCUGUCGCCAGUGAUUCAGAUGAAAACAUCCAUGAUGCAGAAAAUAUGCAAAUAAAUUGCGACACGAGCGAUCUUGAUUCCGUUAUGGAUGAUGAAGAGGAGGAUAACGAUUUCGUCUCUAUAGAUACGAACAAGUUUUGUCAGAGUACAACACCAGUACAAAAUUUGUCGGAUUGUAUCAAGAAAUGUCUUUUAUCUGGUACCGGUAAAGAGAAGAAACAAGAGAGCUUUGCCUUUAAAAAAAAAAUGUAUCGGGUAAUACCUAUGAAAAUGAACGGAAAAUUAUUCUAAAUAUCAAAGUACUAUUUUUGGCUCUUUCCUCAUGCUACUUAGGAAAUUUACCGUAACGUCGAUACUCACCUUUGUACCACGACGUUGUAUAAUAAUCUUCCUAGACACAUGUGCGUUAUCAUAAUUAACUAUCUUUAAUGAAAUAUAUUUUAUUAAUAAUAAAAAAAAAAGGAAAAAAAGGGAAAACAAUUAUCUGUUAAAGAGUUUUAACAAGGUAAAAAUAAAAAAUGGCGUCAUAGACAUCGUUCAAUGUACAUUACGGUUCAUUCUUUUUUUUUCAUUUUUUUUUUCUUUUUUUUUUAUAGAUAAUAAUAUUUACCAAUUUCACGAUCGAACCAGACGAAAUUAUAAGAAUGAAGUCUAUUUACUAUAUAUUUAUGUAUAUGUAUUUGUGUUAUGUAUGUACAUAUAUAUUUUUUAUUGAUGGAAAGAAUUCGUGCGCAAUUAUUGGAUAUCGUUCCAUUCAAUUGCGUGACUUCGCUGCUCGUUCUCCAUCAACUUGAAAGUUUUGUUUUGUUCUUCUCUUUUGUUAUUAUAUAGUAAAUAUAUAUAUAUAUAUAUAUAUAUAUAUAUAUAUAUAUAUAUAUACUAGCGAAGAAAGGGCAAUAUUUUAUGCAAAUUCUUAUAAUCUUAUCGGGUCAAUGGACUCGAGAAACGAUUCAAGAUAGAACGACUGACAUCUCGUUCUCAUUAUUGAUUACGUUUAUCGAUCGUUCUUAUCGUAUUAUAUUCUAUAUAUAUAUGCAUGCAUGUACAAUGAACGAUGUAUACAAAGCUUUAAGUGAUAAGUAUAUUAAAAUCGAAAGAAACAAAAAAAAAAAGAAAAAAAACAAAAUGGAAAAAGAAAAACUCUUCUCGUCGACUCGUCUUCGAUAUACAUAUUACACGUUAGAGCAUUUUUCGAUUAAUAGAUAUAUGCUAGAACGCUUACGUAUCUAUUAUAUUACAACGUGAUACAUAUUUAUAGUAACAAAAUAUAAAUUCACUUAUUUAUAUAAUGACGUUUAACAUACAAACACACUCUUGUUCGCACCAUUACUCGUAGGAGUUAAUCAAGAAUGUGUCUGUAAGUGUAUCCGCGCGUUUGUGGUGCUUAGUAUCUACUUGGUAUUAAAUUACAAAAAUUACAAUCUC